CCAAUGAUGGGGUGCUAUCCCUUCCACUGACACCAAUGAUGGGGAACGAUUCCUCCCACUGACACCAAUGAUGUGGGGGGGGAAUAGUGCCCUAUCGUUGGUGUCAGUGGGGAGGAGGAAUAGUGCCCCAUCAUUGGUGUCAGUGGGGGGGGGGAGGAAUAGUGCCCCAUCGUUGGUGUCAGUGGGGGGGGGGGAGGAAUAGUGCCCCAUCGUUGGUGUCAGUGGGGGGACGAAUAGUGCCCCAUCGUUGGUGUCAGUGGGAGGAAUAAUGCCCCAUCAUUAGUAUCAGUGACACCAAUGAUGGGGCACUAUUCCUCCCACUGACACC